UAUUUGUCCCCUGAUUCAGGAAACUCUUCCUCUCUUGCAUUAUUGUAAUAUUUUUAAAUUUGUUGUAAAAUUGACGGUGUGUGCAGUGGAAUAAAUAAACAAAACACAAAAUUUACGAGGUUUCUCUACAGUCAGUGUGACUGGAGUACGUCCUCGGAGCAGCAAUGGUGCUUUCAUUUAUAAUCUGAAGUAAAAAGAUUACAAAAAUAACUCUCUAUUCUCUCCUCUCUUUUUCUUCUCUCUGCCAUGAGCCUUGUGGCUUCUCUCUUCUUCCUCCCUUCUUCCUUCUUUAUUUUCUCUCUUUUCAGCUGUAAGGUUUUGUGUUUUUGUGUAUGAUUUUAUAUGGAAUGAUAAGGCAGCAAGUGGAUUAGUAAACAAACAUGUAGAGUUGUAGUGGGUUGGCCACCUACACAUUGAAUGACUUAUAAGAUUACAACAAAAAUCUCAUUCUAGAAGAAAAUAAAAGCAACUGAAGUCCUACAAGUUCAUAAUUGCAUCAACAUAUGAAAGAAAAAAAAUAAAGAAAUAUUUGAUCUCUCUCUCUCUCUCUCUUUAAGUUCAACUACUGGCUACUGGGGGGUGCCAGACAGAGUUCUGAGUUUUCAAACGGUCGGUCACAGCAGCAGUGAUUUAAUAGUACUGCAGCCGGUCAUCACAAUGAAUCUGAGAGCUAUAGUUGUAGGAAUAUCUCUGUUUGUUUUCAGCAUUUGGGUUGAAGGGCAAGGCCUUUCUUAUAAUUUCUAUGAGAAUUCAUGCCCACAAGUUGAAGCCAUUGUUAGAGCUGCCAUCCAGCCUACUUUUCUCCCUGAUCCUACUUCUCCUGCUGCUUUUCUGAGGCUCAUGUUCCAUGAUUGCCAAGUUCAGGGCUGUGAUGCUUCAAUUCUUGUGGAUCCGAAUGCGAACAUUGUGCCAUCAGAGAUGGCCGCAGGGAAAAACUUCGGCAUCCGAAAGAGGGAGUCGAUAAACAUUCUUAAAUCAAUGGUUGAAUUACAAUGUCCCCAACAGGUAUCUUGUGCUGACAUUCUUGUGUUGGCGGCUCGAGAAGCUGUGGUUGUGUCAGGAGGGCCACAAAUAAAGGUUGCAUUGGGAAGGAGAGAUUCCCCUUUUGCUCCAAGCUACAAGCUUGCAGAUUCCUUGCUUCCUUCUCCCACUAUUGGAGUUGAUGGCAUGCUUCAAUUAUUUGCAAAAAAAGGAAUGACAGUUGAAGAAUCUGUGGCCAUCAUGGGUGCACACACGCUAGGAGUCACGCACUGUUUGAACAUCCUAAAUCGUCUGAACCAAGCAGACGAAGGCGGCCAAGUACAAGGCAUGACUCCUGGGUUUGAAGCGUUCUUAAGGCUCAACUGUCCACAAGGUUCUCUGACAUCAAAUACAAGCUUUGUUCUUAAUGACCCCACAACACUUAUAUUUGACAACCACUACUACAAUCAUGUGAUUGGAGGCCAUGGGAUUCUUAGAAUUGAUGCUGAAAUGGUAAUGGACCCGCGCACGGCUAUGGUUGUCGAGCGUUUUGCUGCGAAUCAGGAUGAUUUCUUUCAGGCAUUUUCUUCUGCCUUUGUCAAGCUCUCCAACUCAGGUGUUUUAACUGGGAAUCAAGGCGUUGUUAGAAAGAGUUGCAAUGCAAUAGACUGAAGAGUCAGAUGCGUUUGUAAAUUGCCAUACCAUUUUUACCGUAUAUUUCGGUUUAGUACUGUUACUUAUUUACAUGAUUCGAUUCAUGUUGAUUGUUGAAUGCGAAUCUUCAGUGUUUAUUCAAACUUCAGAUCAAGAAGAUAUAUUUCUUA